AUGCUCAACCUCCAGCUUUCCUACAGUUGGCUGUACUGGACACGUCCGUCAGGAGAUAUCCCUGAUGCCCCAGCCGGCUUGGAGCGGUACUGGGUCGAGACGCCCUCUGGUAGGCUCGAGGUUCUCUCGAACCAACCAACAGAACCAUCAAAAGGCAGGAUUCCCAUAGUCUUCGUCCAUGGAGGCAUGGGCAGCGCCUGGGUCUGGACCGAAUACAUGCAGUACCUCGCCGAGCACGACGUGCCCUGUUAUGCCGUCUCCUUGCGCGGCCAUGGUAACAGCUGGCACCCUUCGUACCUGAGAAUGGUCUACGGCACAACGAGGAGCCAGCUGGCGAGCGAUGCCGUUGCUGCUAUUAGCUGGGUACAGGAGCGCCAUGGAGAGGAAGCGCUGCUCGUCGGGCAUUCCAGCGGCGGCGGACUCCUCCAAGGGAUCCUCAGCGCGCAACAGGUGCACGCACAGGGCCUGGCCUUGCUAGGAGCUGUCCCGGGCUUCGGAUCAUUUGGUGUGUACCUCAAUUGGGCGAAAUUCGACCCUCUCUUCGUGAUCCGCAUGUGGCUUCAGGGCGGUCACUCGAAUUCGCCCCUUUCGCAUCCGCUCCUGACUAGGCGGGCCUUCUUCAGCGAUGAUUACCCCAUGACGAAGCUCCUGGAGUUCCAAUUGCAUUCGAACCGCUACGAAAGCUUCUGGUGGCCGUUGACGAUGAUGAGGCCUUUCGUCAACACUGAGAGCCUCAUCAAUUCCAUUAGGGGCUGGGGCAGCAGCGACCGCAUCAUGGUCAUGACCGGAACUCUGGACAAGCUGAUGACGCACGACAUUAUGGUGCAGCUGGCAGACACCUACCGCAAGGCUGUUGGUCAACUGGUCGCGGCGAAAAAGCUCGAUGCCAAGGUUGACGAGGUCAAGUCGAUGGCUGGAGUUGGAGGACAGGAUGACGAAGGCCUGGGUGUGCGGCUGACCUGGGUUGAGGGCGCGGGGCAUCACCUGCAAAACGACUGGAGCUGGAAGGUGGGAGCGGACAAGCUGUUGGCGUUCCACGAGCAGUUGGCUGCCAAGGGUGAAAUCAGCGAGGGCUAUCAAAAGGUGUAG